AUGGCGUCCUGGAAUUCUGUUCCGCUGGAAGUGUUAUACAACGUGUUGGGUUGGGUCGCUUUUUUCUCUUGGUCGAUCAGUUUCUAUCCCCAAGUCAUCCUAAAUUUUCGACGAAAAAGUGUGGUGGGGCUGAAUUUCGAUUUCGUGGUGCUGAAUCUGACGAAACAUUCAUCGUAUCUCAUCUACAACGCUUCUCUCUUCUUUAGCUCUGAUGUUCAGAGGCAGUACCGCCAGAAAUAUGGCCUUGAUGAGAUGAUACCUGUAGCUGCAAAUGAUGUAGCUUUCUCAGUGCAUGCUGUUCUAUUGACUGCAUUUACGUUGUUCCAAAUUGCUAUUUACGAACGUGGAAAUCAGAAGGUCUCAAAGACUUCUAUUGGAAUUGUCACUGUUGCGUGCACUUUGCAAGUUGUUAUGACAGUCAUCAAAUAUAUUCCACAGGCACUUAUGAACUUUCGGCUAAAGAGCACGGUUGGAUUUAGCAUUGGCAACAUUUUGCUUGAUUUAUUUGGAGGCGUGACAAAUUAUGGCCAGAUGGCUGUGCAGUCUAUAGAUCAAAAUUCCUGGGUGAACUUUUAUGGAAAUAUUGGGAAGACACUGUUAUCUUUGGUGUCCAUUUUCUUUGACAUUAUCUUCAUCGUGCAACAUUAUGUGCUCUAUCCUGCCAAGAAAAUGGUAAUUUCUCCUAAUCUUGAUGCUUUAAGCAAGGAGGAGGCACUUCUUAAGUCUUCCGAUCACCCUCAUUUGGACAAUAGGAGAUUAGAAGUUGAGGAUCAACUUCAGAACAUCUCUCCUCCUGAGCUCAUCUAUUUGAAACUAUUAUCGCUUAUUUUGGACUCUGAAAAGAGGAGAUUAGAAGUUGAGGAUCAACUUCAGAACAUCUCUCCUCCUGAGAUCAUCUAUUUGAAACCAUUAUAG